AUGGAUCUUCAGUUAACUCCAUUUGGAAAGGAAAUUGUCGCUGGUCUUACGACAGGCUCCAUCACAACGGUCGUAACUCAUCCGCUAGAUCUGGUCAAGAUACGAUUGCAGCUAUUAGCGACCAAUUCAGGUCAUUUAGGCUAUGGAUACGUCAUAAGCUCGCUUAAACAAAAUGCCAAGGGAAAUAUUCGCCAACUAAUAAAGGAGGCCUACCGUGGACUAGGUAUAAACUGGUUUGGUAAUGCGACAGCUUGGGCCCUUUAUUUUGGACUUUAUCGUGCCAGCAAAGAUCUGGUCUAUGAACUUCAGGCUCAAGAAAAUAGCAGGCAUGAUGAUCGCCUGAGAAGGGAUGCUGAACUGUCCUCAUGGAUGUAUCUGUCCGCUGGGGCAAUCAGCGGUGUAAUAACAUCCAUCGCUACCAAUCCAAUAUGGGUCAUCAAGACAAGAAUGAUGUCUACAAGCGGGCAGGAGACCAACUCUUACACAUCUGCAGCGGACGGAAUCAGGAGACUUGUACGAGAUGAAGGGAUUGGCGGAUUAUGGAGAGGACUUAUGCCCUCGUUGUUCGGAGUCUCUCAAGGUGCAAUCUACUUUAUGAUUUAUGACACAUUAAAGCAUCGCUUCAGUUCACUGAGCCGUGACACAGAAGAUCCGGAUCGGAGAAAAACGCUCAAGAAUUCAGAGACGUUUGUUAUUUCAUCGAUAAGCAAGGUCGUUUCUGUCACUGCGGUAUAUCCUUUCCAAUUACUAAAAUCCAACCUGCAGAGCUUUGACGCUGAAAAAAAACAGUAUACCUUUCGCAAUUUAGUACGAUCAAUCAGCCAGGCUGAAGGACUGCCAGGAUUCUAUAAAGGAUUGUCUGCCAACCUCCUCCGUGCCAUACCUUCAACCUGUAUAACUUUCUUAUUGUAUGAAAACGUCAAGAGCUUCAUAUAA